AAAUAAGAAUCGGAGUAGUGGGAAAACGCCUUAAGGAGUGUUACCAGAUGGUAAUAAAGGGGUUGAGAAUACGAAACCAGACAACAAAAUCGAUUUCUAUGAUUUCUGGUUCAGCUCACUCCAUUCUCUUGCUGACUACCAUGGACCGGCUUCACAGCAGACAAGCUCAUCGAAGACUUGAAAAAUACAUUUGUGAAGGUGUACGAUGGUAGAGUGGUGGUCAUGGUGGUCUCCACAGAUGAAGUCCACGCGCGCGGUGUACGCCAAGUUAAACCUGACCUUUUUUGGCCAAGUUUGUGGACGACAAGGACGACCCAACGCCCUCUUCCAAAAACUAGCGCCCCCCCGCCGGACACUGAUUCUUCGAUCUUAUUCACCUUGUUCCUCGGCAUGGGCUUGACAUUCUCGGUCGCGUUGUGCUCAAUUGUCUCUGGUGUCAUGAAUAUGGACCCUGGCAAAGACAGCAUCGUCUACCGCAUGACUAACCCAAAGAUGAAGAAGGAAAAUUGAAUGUUCUACGGCUAAUAUUAUUAGCCUAAGGUGUAUAAGGAAACAUUUGUUUUAGUUCUACAAACGUUACAAUUCUCCUAUCCAGAAAUGGGGUCAAAGACCGUUAUUGAUUGUAAUUUGUUAUUGGCAUGCCAUAGCUAGUCCCUACUUGUACAUUUACCCAGUUAGUUUAUUUGAUGCGACACAAUUUGCAAAUGC